AUGGCGUUCCUGGCGGGGCCGCGCCUGCUGGACUGGGCCAGCUCCCCGCCGCACCUGCAGUUCAAUAAGUUCGUGCUGACCGGCUACCGGCCGGCCAGCAGCGGCUCCGGCUGCCUGCGUAGCCUCUUCUACCUGCACAACGAGCUGGGCAACAUCUACACCCACGGGCUGGCCCUCCUGGGCUUCCUGGUGCUGGUGCCGAUGACCAUGCCGUGGAGUCAGCUGGGCAAGGACGGCUGGCUGGGGGGCGCACACUGUGUGGCCUGCCUGGCGCCCCCGGCCGCCUCGGUGCUCUAUCACCUCUUCAUGUGCCACCAAGGGGGCAGCCCCGUGUACACCCGGCUCCUGGCCCUGGACAUGUGUGGGGUCUGCCUGGUCAACACCCUGGGGGCCCUGCCCAUCAUCCACUGCACACUGGCCUGCAGACCCUGGCUUCGCCCGGCGGCUCUGGUGGGCUACACUGCCCUGUCCGGCGUGGCCGGCUGGAGAGCCCUCACCGCCCCCUCCACCAGCGCCCGGCUCCGGGCCUUUGGUUGGCAAGCUGGGGCCCGCCUCCUGGUGUUCGGGGCCCGUGGUGUGGGGCUGGGCUCGGGGGCUCCCGGCUCCCUGCCCUGCUACCUGCGCAUGGAUGCCCUGGCACUGCUCGGAGGGCUGGUGAACGUGGCCCGCCUGCCAGAGCGCUGGGGACCCGGGCGCUUCGACUACUGGGGCAACUCCCACCAGAUCAUGCACCUGCUCAGCGUGGGCUCCAUCCUGCAGCUGCACGCUGGGGUGGUGCCUGACCUGCUCUGGGCAGCCCGCCACGCGUGUCCCCCCGACUGAACGGCCUCCCCAGUGGCCCUGGGACACCUUUCCUCUUGCUGGUCUGCAAGGGCCUGCCCAACACUGUCCCCUCCCCCCUCCUGCCCCAGGAAGCUUCCAGAGCCAGGGACUUCCCAGCUGGGACCCCUGGUCUGUUCAUUAUUCCCUAUGGAUUUACCUCUUCCACCCAGGCUUUGGAACUCCAACUACCCUGACGCCUCCCCUCCUGACUUACUCCAGGGUACUGUUUUGCUGUGCCAGCUGGAAGGACACGUCUCCCUGUGCCUCAGUUUACCUUUGGUAACAUGCGAGGCCAGAGGGCCUCAAGGGUUCUCUCUUGCCCUGACAGUUGUUUUGCCAAUUGCCUGUGGCUGCCAGCCCAGAGCCAUCUCCCCAUCCCCCCUCGCCUACAUCUCCUGGGUCCCUGGCAAACCCCUGCUCCCAUCUCCGCCCUGCAUGCCAGCUCCCCCAGCGCCAAAACCUCACCCCUCCCGGCCCAAGAGACUGGAUGGAGUGAGGGUGAAGGACCAGCCCCUUCUCCCAGGACCCAGUGGGUGUCACCCUUCGUGUACCAGUCGGCUAAGAGGCACAUGGUGGCGGCUGCUUGAUCCAGCAAGCACAGAUGGGGAUGGGUGGCCCUGGACCCAGGCCCCUGGGACCAGGCUGGUCUUCAACCUUCAGUGCCACGGUCUGAGGACAUGACCUGCCCACCAGGGCUGGGCCCACUCAGGAAAUCUGUUCCACACAGUGCAUCUCUGCUCACCAGAGGCCUGAGACUGCGCUGAGCGGAUCUCGGCCCAGAGGCCAGACCAUCCGGGGACUCAGGACCCUGGGCAGCAUCAAUA